GCUCUACUCAGAGCCGGAGAGCUUGGCUGGAAAAGUCACAAGGGCUCUGUGCGACUCCAAGGAAUCAGCAGCCUGAGCCUUGGCACUGGGACUGUGUUUUUAUAGGCGUUCCUGUGCCUUCUGCCACUUUCUUUCCUGCCUGCUAUUUUAGGAGAAAGGGAUGCAGGAUUGCACCUUGCACUCUAACAGCUUGCUGGGCAAAAACAAAGAAGUCAGCUCCCAAAUAAGCCUCUUCCAAGCCUUGCUUUUCUUCUAAACCAACAGUCUGCUGUGUAGAAUGUGUGGCUGCCGGUGGACUCAAUUGAUGGGGGUCUGUCUGAUCCUGCUCUGCAGUCUCUCCUUCGCUCUCUCUCUGGGGAACUUCUCAGCACUUAGCGGGCAGGAAGAUGGCCAGUCCUCAAACAGCCUGGAAGAAGACUCUGAUGUAACAGCGUACUGGUGGGGGGAGUGGGCCAAGUGGACAGCCUGCACUCGCACCUGUGGAGGUGGGGUCAAGUUCCAAGAGCGGCACUGCCUCAAACAAAGCAGGAGGAAGACGGCUGUUGGAAAGGACAAUAUGACCUGCACCGGCACAUCUAAGAGAUAUCACCUCUGUGACAUACAGGAAUGCCCUCCUUCAGGACGGAGUUUCAGAGAGGAGCAGUGUUCAUCUUUCAACUCCCAAGUGUACAAUGGCAGGAACUAUCAGUGGAAACCAUUGUAUCCAGAUGACUACGUCCACAUCUCCAGCAAGCCAUGUGAUCUGCAUUGCACUACAGCGGACGGGCAGAGACAGCUGAUGGUGCCAGCACGGGACGGGACGUCCUGCAAGUACAGCGACUACAGAGGGGUCUGCGUCAACGGCAGGUGUGAGCCCAUUGGAUGUGAUGGAGUGCUGUUCUCCACCCACACACUGGACAAGUGUGGCGUGUGUCAGGGGAACGGGAGCAGCUGCAUAAGGGUCACAGGGAACUUCAGGAAAGGAACGUCACAACUGGGUUACUCCUUUAUAACUGAGAUCCCAGAGGGCUCCCGGGACAUCCAGAUCAUUGAGAGGAAGAAGUCUGCUGAUAUUUUGGCUGUCACAGAUCUGGCUGGGAGAUUCUUCUUCAAUGGAGACUACAAGGUCGACAGCCCCCAGAACUUCCACGCAGCCGGGACCACGUUCAAGUACAGGAGGCCCAUGGAUGUGUACGAGACUGGGAUCGAGUACAUUGUCGCGCAAGGGCCUAUUGAUCAGGCGAUUAAUGUUCUGGUGUGGAAUCAGAAUGGCAGGAGCCCCUACAUCACUUACGAAUACACCGUGCUAAGAGACCCUCGCUCUGCCGCCCUGCAGACCCUCCUCUACCCGGGAACUGAGAGUCGAGGCACAGGGGGCAAGACCAGGGGCCCCAUUUCCAUGGAGACCGACAGCCUGCAUCCACACAAUGGCAGCAUGUAUGCUAAAGCAGCAAAGGAUACAGUUGGAAACGGAAACCAGGUGCUAGAGAAGGAGUCCACAGCAGGGGGCGCUGUUGGGAGCAAAGGCCAGGAAACCAAUGAGGUUUACGAAGAGACAGCUGCUAUAGACUGUGAGUCGGGGGUCCAGGCAAGGCAGCGGUAUACAGAACUGAACGCCAGCAGACCGAACAGCGUGGGAGAUCACAUCUUCACUUCUGUCGUUAUAGUUUCCAAGUCAGCCUCAGAGGAACUGGUGCCGGAUUCUGAAAAUCUGAUCCGGAACAGUCUGCUGGGGGGUGCGGUCGGCUCAGAGGAGCUGGUGGUGAACAUGACGACAAACCGGCUGUUUGCUAAGGGGGAGCCGCUCUACUCCACUGAGGUGGGCCGUCUGGACCCCGACUAUGACAGCAGCGAGCACACUGCCCCCCUCAGCUUGAACGGGACAGUGCAGCUGGCUGUGACCCGGCGCAUUAACGGCACAGGAGGCUUUUUGUUUUCAAACCGAUCCGGAAACCCCAUGAGCAAUCGCACACACAAAGCCAGAAACCGUCUUAAGUUGCCGCGGAAAGGCCAGGGAAUGAGUGCGGCAGACAUGUAUAGAUGGAAGCUGUCCUCACAGGAGCCCUGCAGCUCCACCUGUGCUAUAGGGGUGGCAGCUUCCUACGCCAUGUGUGUGCGUUACGAUGGGACCGAGGUAGACGAGACAUACUGUGAUUCCCUGACCCGGCCAGAGCCUGUCCAUGACUUCUGUAUUGGGAGAGAAUGCCAGCCCAGGUGGGAGGCGAGCAGUUGGAGCGAGUGUUCACGGACCUGCGGAGAGGGCUUUCAGUUUCGGAUGGUGCGCUGCUGGAAGAUGCUGUCGCCCGGCCUGGACAGCUCGGUGUACAGUGAACUGUGUGAGCAGGCAGAGCUGGAGCGGCCCUCCGACCGACGCGCCUGCAAGAACCCAGCCUGCGGGCCACAGUGGGAGGUGGCAGAGUGGUCUGAGUGCCCUGCGAAGUGUGGAGAGAGAGGCACUGUGACCCGGGAAGUCAGGUGCUCAGAGGAUGAAGGGUCAUGUGAUGCGUCAAGCCGGCAGCCAGAUGCCAAAAACUGCACGGGGCCCCCUUGUGACCGGCAGUGGACUGUCUCCGAGUGGGGGCCAUGCUCAGGCUCCUGUGGCCAGGGGAAGAUGAUCCGUCAUGUUUACUGUAAGACAGCAGAUGGCAGGGUGGUGCCAGAGUCCCAGUGUAGUCUGGAGAACAAGCCUCUGGCCAUCCAUCCCUGUGGGGAGAAGGACUGCCCUGCAAACUGGCUGGCACAGGACUGGGAGAGGUGCAACACCACCUGUGGGCGUGGAGUGAAGAGGCGUGUUGUUCUGUGCAUGGGGAUCGCGAAGGGCAAAACCAAGCACUAUGGAGCAGAGGACUGCGAUGUCACCAAAAAGCCUGCUGAGGAGAGCACCUGCUUCGAGAGACCCUGCUUCAAAUGGUACACCACCCCCUGGUCUGAGUGCACGAAGACCUGUGGAGUGGGAGUGCGACUGAGGGAUGUCAAGUGCUACCAGGGCAGGGAGAUAGUCAGAGGGUGCGACCCGCUCACAAAGCCUGUCGCCAAGCAAGCCUGUGACCUCCAGCCCUGUCCCACCAAACCACCAGAUGAGAACUGCCAGGACCAGCCCAGCACAAACUGCUCCUUGGCUCUGAAGGUGAAUCUGUGUGGGCACUGGUACUACAGUAAGGCCUGUUGCCGGUCUUGUCGAGCCACGCUGUCUUAACGCAGCCUGGGGGUGGGGGUGGGGUUGAGGUGAAGGCAGGGAUGAAGGAGUCUUCGUCUAUCCACCUGAAAUGGACCUCUCAUUGGGUGUGUUCACAACGCUGCUGCACAGUACCGGUAAACAGUUUUAGCUCGACAUGUUCAUCCAGCAUCCCCUCCAAAGGGUGUCAACGCUGAACGAGUCAUGAGGUCUGGAAUGUGGCAAUCACUUUACACACACCCUCACCAGCUGCAAGACCAGCCUGACCAGGUGCUCUUGUUCCUCCGGACUCCAGAUCAGUGGUGAGGGACUAUGGUGCUGACCUGGAGGGCUAGGGAACAGUGUGUUUAUAUGGGGUUGCCGUCUACACCGAACUCUGAUCAUGUUGUCCCUAACUAAAAGGUGCCACUCAGCACUAAUACUAAUAUAACUAAAGCCAGUAGUCACAAUCAAUAACUACUACAUUUAAUACUUAUAAGUAUUGAGUAGCAGUGGAUAAAUAGUACAGCACAUUUACUAAUAUAUAAGUAAUUCAAGUAGUACUCGCAUACAAUAUAGUCUGGUUAGUACUAUGCAUGGUUUAUUAAGCAUCCCUGUAAGGGGAGCUUAUUUGUUUUUGUAAAUCCACCAUUUUUUUCAACAGGACAUAUCUCAGACUCCAUUUGAGAUACAGACGCAUGUUUUCAGGGAUACAUAAAGACAGAAUACUUGACAAAACCAUUGGUCUAAUAUGGCUGCCAUAUUGAGUUCAUGACUUGCAAGCAUUUUUGCCAAAGAAUUUAGGGGAUAUUUGACCAAUCGCAUACUGUACAUUCAGUACUUAAUAUAUACUAUACAUAUUUUCUUAGGUACAAUUAAUUUAAGCAGUAGAAAUGUAUAAACUAAUCAGAAAAGAAGUAGUACCCUUUGGUAAGAGAUGAGUGGUUCUUUGUGCAUUUGUUAUUGCGACAUGGCCAGCGAGCAAGCAAGCACAUACAAACGUGUCAUAACAUUAUGUCAGAAAAAUGAGAAGACCACAAAGUAUUUUAAAAUUAAACAAUGAGUUGCGAACAGAUUUUUUCAAUUGUUAGCAUGAAAUUGGCUUUUUUCACAACACUUUAAGGAAUGUUUAAGGGCAGUGUUUUGAAGUGCUUAAAAAAACAAUACAGUUAAAAACAUUCUAUAAGGUUGCUGUCAAAUUUGAAUAAACUAAUAAACGCUCUCAAAGAGUUGAUUUAAUUGAUCAAAAUGGGCUUUAAAAAAACAGUCCUCAAGAAAGCAUUCCUUAAAACAGUUUUAUGAGUAAUGCCUAAAAUUAAGCCGGUGUAAAUGAAUAUUGGUUCCACCAAAUAUUUGUUCCCCCGGGGAAACGAACAUUUGUUCCCCCAGGGAAAUGAACAUUUGUGACCCCCCUAUAUGCAUGUUUGUUACUUAUCUUGUUUUUAUGUAAAUGAUGCCUGUAUAAUGCUAGUAAAUGGGAGCAAUGUUUAUGUAUUAUUGUAGGUGAGAUGACCUGUCAGAGACGACUGGAUGGUACAAGUUUAGGGUUAGGGAAAGUGGUCUUAAAAUGAAGGUUUUAGUUGAAAAUGCAUGGAUACGGACUUGUAUGCAAAGAAAGAUUAUUUUGUCACAAAUAUGAGGGGUUUCAAAGUUCCCCAGUUGCCAUUCUGGGGUAUUUUUUUAAGUUGUAAAUGGCAGCUGGAAAAGGUCUUUAAAUGGCCUUGAACUGGAAAUGAGUUGGUGUUUCCCCCCCAGGUUAGAAUUAUUGCUCCGAAAAUCAAAUUAUAGAAGAGCAGGGUUAGGAAUAUUUGGGAGGUGGAGGUGAGAUUCUGGCCCAGUUUACAUUUCAUAUUAUAAUAUAUAUAUAGAUUUCUGAUUCCAUCCGCAGUGUACUGUCCAAUCUGCAACGAGACACUGCCCAAGGGUAAAAAUACGUGUCAUGUAUUUGUAUAAUUCCCAUUUCUAAAUCCUUUCCCCAACAGUCCUCCAUUUUGCCUACCAUUUUAUUUCCAGUCCAAGGUUUAGCACAUGCUUUUAGAGUCCAUUAAUUAGAGACGCUUAUUAGCCUCUCACCAAGUAUUUUAGUAGGACUGAUUUUUGCCAGCUUGAAAAACCUUUUGAAGGAAACAAAUGGGACCAGUUUAAUUAGUGACUGUAUGAGUUUCAUAAAAAAGUAAAUAACCACGCCCUACACCAUAUGCACAGUGUAUGUACUGUACUGAAGUUUAACAUAUGGAUAGAAGCUUUAUAUACGCCAUGUUUUUGACAUACAUACUGACAGAUUUACAGCUAGGCGAAACAACUCAUUUAAAAACUUUAAAAGAUGUAUUAUCUUCCUUUGCACACUGGUGUUUAAGACUAUUGUUUUCAUCACUGUUGUAUUCCCUGUACACCUAAACCUAUACAGUAGCUAGUCAUACUGGUCAAGCACGUACACAUUGGGGAGUGGUUUGUGAAUUCAAGUCUACAGUCAUACUGGUCACACAUAUUAGCAUCCAGGCAUCGUUUAGGAAUUCAAGUCUCUCAUCCCAAGGAUAUAGCUGAUUAAAUCAAAUAUUUAUUAAUAAACACACUAAAAUAGUAAAAGGCUGUAACUGCACCAUCCUGUGAUCCACAGCAGGGAUAUUGUUCCGCACCCCUCUCUCCUUGCACUGGGGGUGACAGCGAGCCAUAUGUGGGAAACACCUUCACUCAUAAACAAAGUGGUUUUCGGUGACAACUGCUGAUUGGCCCUCAUUCAAAACGACAAUGUGUUGCAGGCUGGGAUAGGCACUCUACAAGACACACUCUUAGAGCACUGUCUCUUCCAAUUAAAAACAGCCACCAUCACAAAAGCACGCUUUCCUUACUGAAUCUGAGUGAACACCAAGGGCAUCUCUUCCCAUUUAACCCAGACACAAAUUUCAUUAGAUGUUUAUAGACAUUCCAUGCAAAAUAAAUUAUACAUCUUUAUGCUGUUCUAGACUUAAAUUGUUGUGUAUGUUAUUAAAUGUAGUUGCAAUUUCAAUGUUAUCCUAACCUUCUGUGUUUAUGUUUUAUGUGUACAUGAAAAGU